CGUACUUAUAAUUAUGUAAAAACCCAUAAUUCUCUUUCACAUUUUUCAUUUUUCCCUCGAACAAACAUGGAAAUUGAAUUUCUCUGCUAACUCCAUGAAAUUCAAAGUAUACACCAAAGACUGGAAACUGGCGCUUCUUAAUUCUUGUAGUUCUUGCAAUUCAAUAUUGGAAAGACCCAAAAAAUAAGUAGGGUUUUGGAAUUUUCUGCUGAGUUUUUUUUUUCCAUGGAUCGUCUUCGUCCCAGAGAAAGAAAGGUCUUUUCUGGCUUCUCAGAUACCGAAAUUGAGAAGCUGGAAAGCUUGUUUUCAGAAUAUGGAGAAUUGUCAGUCAACCGGGACUUUUGUGUGAAAGUUGCAAAGGGAAUUAGUCGAUCUGCUGGGCGGGCUGGGAAACCUGUUGUAAAGUGGGAUGAGGUGCAAAGUUGGUUCCAAAAUAGGCAGAAAAUGAGUCCAGUUAAAGCAGCUCCACCAUCUAUCAAUCAAAAAGAAAUUACUCCUUCACCUGAUGUGUCUAAAAAUGUGGCUGCUCGUCCAGAUGCUUCUGACUUGAAGAAGACUAAUGAAUCCAACCAAGUGCCUAAAGCAGGGGAAAAGUUACCAGAGUUAUCAGAGUUAGAGUUUGAGGCUAGAUCAAGAGACGGAGCGUGGUAUGAUGUUGAGAGAUUCCUCUCCCACAGAUUUCUCAGCUCUGGUGAAACUGAAGUUCAUGUAAGAUUUGUGGGAUUUGGGGCUGAAGAAGAUGAGUGGGUUAAUGUGAAAAAUGAUGUGCGAGAGCGUUCGAUCCCCCUGGAGAACUGGGAAUGUCAAAAGGUCAAAGCUGGGGAUGUCAUGCUCUGUCUUCAGGAACGAAAAGAUCAAGCUAUUUAUUAUGAUGCACUUAUUUUGGAUAUUGAACGAAAAAUGCAUGACAUAAGGGGUUGCAGGUGCAUCUUUUCCAUUCAGUACGACCAUGAUAAGAGUGAGGAAAAGGUUCGCUUGAGGAGAUUAUGUCGCAGAGCAUAACAAGAAAGACCAGGAAAUGAUCGUUGCUGUGAUCUGGCGUCUUGAAUCUUUCCUAGGGUAUGCAUAAGCUGGCUUAUGAGGUUAAGAACGGUGAUUAGGUUAGAUUGCCAUUAAAUAGUAAAUGAAGUCAAGAAUGAAAUUAUUCAAAUUUUGUGGAGAUUCAAUCCUUUAACCAUUUUGGUUGUCAUUAGCUUUACCAAGCAGCAGUCUACAACUUCAACUCAAUUUCUCUGUAUAUUUUUACAUGAUCACAUCUUGGUAUUCUCUGCUAUAAAAAGCGUUUAUCCUCACUUUGUCAAAUUUGCUAUUAAUUUUGCAUAUGCAUUUUGUAUUAUUCGAGCAUCAUAAGAGUGGCUCAGUGUAAUUCGCUUUAUAAAGGUUACUUGCACACUAAAUUGCCAUUUAA